CGGCCCGCCACCGCCCGCCACCAUGGGACUGUUGCCCAGGCCCGGCGCGCGCCAGGGCAGCGGCGCCUCCUCGGGCCCAGCUGGCCGCUGUCCCAGCUCCGUGUUCCGCAGCAUUAAGGUAUUCGUGCUUUGCCAUGGCCUCCUGCAGCUCUGCCAGCUCCUGUACAGUGCCUACUUCAAGAGCAGUCUCACCACCAUUGAGAAGCGCUUCGGGCUCUCCAGUUCCUCCUCGGGUCUCAUUUCCAGCUUGAACGAGAUCAGCAAUGCCAUCCUCAUCAUCUUCGUCAGCUACUUUGGCAGCCGGGUACACCGCCCCAGGCUGAUCGGCGUUGGGGGUCUGCUCCUGGCAGCUGGGGCCUUCGUCCUCACCCUCCCACACUUCCUUUCGGAGCCUUACACCUACACGUCAGCCAGCAUUGGGAAUAGCAGCCGCUUCCCGACCGAUCUCUGUCAGAAGCGUUGGCAAGAUUCGUCUCCCAGUAAGUGCCACAACUCCACGCUGGAUACUCAGAAGGAGACCAGCAGCCUGUGGGGCCUCAUGGUGAUUGCCCAGCUGCUGGCUGGCAUCGGAACAGUGCCCAUUCAACCAUUUGGGAUCUCCUACGUGGAUGACUUCGCAGAGCCCACGAACUCGCCGCUAUACAUCUCUAUCUUAUUUGCCAUCGCUGUUUUUGGACCGGCUUUCGGAUAUCUGCUGGGCUCCGUCAUGCUGCAGAUCUUUGUGGACUAUGGUAGGGUGGACACAGCUACAGUUAACUUGAGCCCAGGUGACCCUCGAUGGAUCGGAGCCUGGUGGCUGGGCCUGCUCAUUUCUUCAGGCUUUUUGGUUGUCACCUCUUUCCCCUUCUUCUUCUUUCCUCGAGCAAUGACCAGAGGAGCGGAGAGGUCUCCUGGCAUAGCAGACGAGGCAAGGAGGAUGGAGAUCAACUCGAAAAGCUCGCUGAUGGAUUUCAUUAAACGCUUCCCCCGCAUCUUCCUGAGGCUUCUGAUCAACCCGCUCUUCAUGCUGGUGGUCCUUGCCCAGUGCAACUUCUCCUCCGUCAUCGCCGGCCUCUCCACUUUCCUCAACAAGUUCCUGGAGAAACAAUAUGGUGCCUCAGCAGCCUACGCCAACUUCCUCAUCGGUGCUGUGAACCUGCCAGCUGCAGCCUUGGGCAUGCUGUUUGGAGGAAUCCUCAUGAAACGUUUCGUUUUCUCCUUGCAAACCAUCCCCCGCGUGGCUGCCACUAUCAUGACCAUCUCCAUGAUCCUUUGCGCCCCUCUCUUCUUCAUGGGGUGCUCCACCCCGGCUGUGGCUGAAGUCUACCCACCUCCCAGCACAUCAAGUUCUAUACAUCCGCAGCCUCUUGCCUGCCGCAGGAACUGCUCCUGCCCGGAUUCCAUCUUCCACCCAGUCUGCGGAGACAAUGGAGUCGAGUACCUCUCCCCUUGCCACGCUGGCUGCCGUGACAUCAACAUGAGCACUAUAGCCUCCAAGCAAGUGAUAUAUUUGAAUUGCAGCUGCGUGGCCGGGGGAUCAGCUUCGGCGAAGACGGGAGCGUGCCCCGUGCCCUGCGCCCACUUCCUGCUUCCGGCCACCUUGCUCAUCUCCUUCGUGGCGCUCAUAGCCUGCACCUCCCACAACCCGCUUUACAUGAUGGUGCUGCGCGUGGUGAACCAGGAUGAGAAGUCCUUUGCCAUUGGGGUACAGUUCUUGCUGAUGCGCUUGCUGGCCUGGCUGCCAUCCCCAGCCCUGUACGGCCUCACCAUCGACUACUCCUGCAUCCGGUGGAACUUUCAGUGCUCUGGGAGGCGAGGUGCCUGUGCCUACUACGACAACGAUGCUCUCCGGAACAGGUACCUGGGCCUGCAGGUGGGCUACAAGGCGCUGGGCACAUUGCUGCUUUUCUUCAUCAGCUGGAGAGUGAAGAGGAACCGAGAGUACAAUGUGCAGGCCUCGGGCCUCAUCUGAGGACCCUGCCCCAAAGUCAUGACGGGACCCCGCCUCCUCCACACCUACCUGGAUUUACUCAUGUUAACACAGCUUCUCCUUUUUAUUUUUUAAAUAAGAAAGAAAAUCCCAGUUA